GUACAAAGUAUAUUGAAUUUAUUGAAGCCUCUUACAAUUUAGUUGAUUCAUCGCAAAACCAGAAUGUUUGGGCAAAGUUGUCUUUUGCAGCAGCAGAGCAUUAUUUAAAAUUAGAACACUAUGAAAAACUUGAAAAAGUUUUAGAUGCAAUUUAUAAACAUUGCUUAACUCCAGAUGGAAAAGAGGACAUUGCAAGGAAGGGAACUCGCUUAAAGCAGCUUUUUGCGCUGAAAAUACAAAUGCACACGCAAAAAAAUGAGUUGAGCUUCUUAAGGAAACUUUUUGAAAAAUGCGAAAAAAUUGACUCGGCUAUUCCUUCCCCUUCAGUAAUUGGCGUUAUUUAUGAAUGUGGCGGCCGACUGGCUAUGAAAGAUUCUCGCUAUCAGGAUGCAAAAGCUUACUUUUAUAAGGCCUUUCAAGCCUUUGACCAAUCAGCAGAUUAUAGAAGAAAGUCUUGCUUAAUUUAUUAUGUGCUGGCUGUCAUGCUCGAUAAGAAGCGAGUAGAAGAAACGAGUAUUAAUCCUUUUACUUCUGAAGAAACUCAAAUUUAUAAAAGUGAUUCAGAAGUGAGACCUUUCUAUGAUCUCUUUGAAGCCUUCAACAGCUUGAAUCUUUUCCAGUUCAAUAAAGUUUUUCAUGAAAAUGAGGAAUAUUUUUAUAAAGACGAACUUAACUGCAAGAAACUACACAAAUGCAAGUAA